CCAAUAUUACCGAAGCAUUUCUUUUAAAAAUCAGUUUAUCCAAUUGCAGAUCGUGAUUUUAUUUCUGGUAGUCAUCAUCCAUUCAUCAACGCAAUUAUGAGGCUGCUAGAAAAGCCCAGACAGAUUACGAACACUAGAAGACUACUUUCCACGCUUGCGGAAUGGCAAAUAAUUUCUCCCAACAAAUUACGGGCAGUCAUUUUAAUCGAAUGAGUGAUUCCUACCCACCCACCGAACAAAGAAGAAAAAAGAUCCUGGAUCACCCGGGAAUGGGAUACCUAUACUUACCUAAAGAAGAUCAGCUCCUGAAGGACCAGAUCAUCAUAUAAACAAUUUCUAGGGUUUUUCUAAUUUUAAGGGGCUCUGGUUCACUUUUUCAUUUACUAUAGGUACAGAUAGAGAACAGGAAUUUUUUUUCGACAUUUCUUUUUUUCAAAAUCGUUGAAUUAGAGCUAAAAAGACAUGCAGAAACUUAAAAUAUAACUUUCUAAUAUUUUGUUUCUUAUUAAACUAUUUUUUCAAAAUGAAUUAAAAUUCUUUAUUGCCAAGGUGUCCUUUAAUAUAAGGUACGAUAUCACAAAAACUAUACCUGAAAUAUUUCUGUACACGAAUUAAGAAAUGCAUCAUAAUUAAUAGCAUGUCAUUCAGAAUGAAUGAGUAAUUUUUAAAGCUAAAAACCACAUGCCUUUAUAACCCAGAAAUACAUUGCAGUAGAUUUUUUUUAAAUGAACGAUAACAGUUUUUUUUUUUACGAAAUUUCCGAAAUUAGCUUUAUACGCAAGAUGAUCGGAAAAUAGAUAAAGCAUUUCCUUUGAAAACAUUGUCAUUGGUUUACCGGUCAUUACGCGUAGCAGGAAGAACUUCCGAUUGGCUAAUUCUCCCAGCAAUAUCAUGACAAAAUUUUACCAGACUUUUUCUAAACUUUUAAUAGUAAGAACAUCCAUCACAUUAUGACCAUCAAAUUUUUUUCUUUGUAUUUAUUCUUAUUUAAUUUUUCAAGCAAAUUUAAUUUCAUAUCAACGGAAACAUGGCAUCACUGUACAACAUUGGACAGUAACAAUAAAUUUCAUGUGUGCUGGAGGGUCGUGGAAUCAAAAGAUGACCCUGAAAUUGAAUUUAAAGUGGAAGUAAAGGCCCAUGGAUAUGUCGCACUUGGAUUGUCUCCAAAUGGUGGUAUGACAUCGAGUGAUAUUGUGACUGGAUGGAUUAAGGAUGGAAAAGUUUAUUUUCAGGACAGAUAUGCGGAAGGCUAUUUUUUGCCGAAAAUCGACGAAAUCCAGAAUUGGGACCUGGUUUCCGGAAGUGAAAACGACACACAUUCUGUGCUCCUCUUCCGCCGGAAGUUGGAAACUUGCGAUAAAGAGGACAGAAAAAUUGACGAUAGCACAACCAGGCUGAUCUAUGCAUAUUCAGAUAUAGAUCCUCCAUCGGAAUAUGCUCUAGAUUACCAUUUUACGAAUCGAGGGUCAAAGAGCGUUUAUCUCUUGCAGCGAAAAUUAUCUAAACAUGUAAAAAUCGACAAGUCAUCUUUGGCUCAUUGGGAUGUUUUAUCUCCAAAUUUUACACUGGAUUCAUCUUCUCAAACCAUGUACUGGUGUAAAAUUCACAAAGCUCCAGAAUUACCGGAGAAACAUCACAUCGUUUUGGUGGAGCCUUUGAUUCAAAGAGGUAACGAGGUGUUCGUUCACCACUUGUUGUUGUACGAAUGCGUGGGAGCUAAUCGCAAGGAGUACGAACCCCACACAGACCAAUAUGGACAUCAGUGUCAUCGCGCUAACAUGCCUGAUGCCAUGAAAAAGUGCGAAGGAGUCUCCUUGGCAUGGGGAAUUGGAGGAGAGGAUCUAAUAUUACCGGAAGACGUUGGCCUCCCGCUGGAAGCAAGCCCUGCCAAAUAUUAUAUGCUAGAAAUACAUUACGAUAACCCUAAUAAGAUUGCAGGUAUCGUUGAUAAUUCUGGAUUCCGUAUCUAUUACAGUCCUAAAAUUAGAAAAUAUGACGCUGGGACUUUAAUGAUUGGUGCAACUACUAGCUCAAGAGUUCUAGUACCUCCUAAACGCAAAGAGUAUGUUGUAGCCGGUCACAGCAACCCUAAGUGCCUGGAUCCGUCUCUUCCAAAAGGUGGAAUAAAGUUGCUCGGAGCUUUUCUUCACGCUCAUCUAUUAGGUCGUCACCUGAAAGCUAGACACUUCAGAAAUUCAAAAGAGCUAAAACCAUUGGCCAAUGAUGGCAACUAUGAUUUUAACUAUCAGGAGUAUAGAUACUAUCAAGAAGAAGUUACAUUUUUACCGGGUGAUCAAGUCACAGUAGAAUGUACUUACGACUCUUCUAAUCGUGUUUCAACGACAUUUGGUGGUGAGAGUACCCGAGAAGAGAUGUGUCUGGUUUUCUUGCUGUACUACCCGAGAAUUGAGAGAUUCGCCUCAGUGAGUGUUCCGAAAUACGACACUAUAAACAAAGCUCUCGGUACAAAUUUCACAAAAGAUGAUCUGAAACAAGGAAUAUUUCGAGAUCAGUUAUCAAAGUAUAAUUGGAAUAGAGUGAACACUCAUAAGGUGGAAAGGGCCUUGAGGUAUGGGUUACAUGACACGCACUGUUACCUUGGCAACGGAGAGAAGAAUUCGAUUAAAGCACCGAUUUCCUAUCCAAAAAUUGAAGAUCCUUAUGAAGAAAUUUCAAAUUGCGAGUCCAAAGAAACCCAAAUGGAGAAAAAUGAUGGACAAAUACUGAAAUAUGAUUUUCUCUGUAUCUUAAUCUCUUUGUUACUUUUUGUGUAAUAAAGUUUAUGGAAUAGGCCACAACAAAUCUUUUCUUGCGCAUUAAUUAUUGUUAUUUGAAUGUCCUGUUGUCUUAAGAAAUGU